GUUGUACAGUGUUUUAAGAUCUUGUUCAAUGUGCCCCUUUUUAAUUUGAGCCCCCGCCCCUCCAAAUCUCUCUGCACGGCCCUGGUUGACUGUGCGUUCUAUGACUCUGUAUUUUUGUGUUUUUAUGAUGCAAAGCACUUUGAACUGCCUUGUUGCUGAAAUACUCAAAUAAGCUUGAUUGAUUGAUUGAUAAUCAUAAUGCUAAUCUGAUUCCAGGCGGAGACAUUAUGAGGACCAUCUUGGUCGCUGUCCCAUUGAUGUCUGUCCUUUACUUUGCCUGUGGUCAGAAUUUGGGCCUCAGAGAAGGAAUCGUUACAUUUUAUGAAAUACAGAAACCCUGGAGCGAAGCCCAGGCCUCCUGCAGGGAGAAUCACACUGACCUGAUCACUAUCAGGACAGAAACAGUCAUUCAGGCGCUGAAUGGCACCAGGGGCUGGAUUGGACUGCACAGAGACAACAACAAGAGCCACUGGAAGUGGUCCAGAAGAGACGAGACAGCAACAUUCUUCAAUUGGGAUGAAAAUGAACCGUCACAAUAUGAGCACUGUGUCUUUCAGCGGCCGUUAACUAAAAAGUGGUCAAGUGUUCCGUGUAACGCAACACGUGUCUUCAUUUGCUAUGAUGACGUGCUGGUUCUGGUGAAGGAGAAUAAGACAUGGGACGAGGCGUUGGAGCACUGCAGGACUCUGGACAAAGUCAACAGCUACGACCUGGCAACCCUCAUCACCCCCGACGACCACGACUUUGCACGAGAGACAACCCUACUGGCAACCACUGAGGAAGUGUGGACGGGCCUGCGUUACCUUGGCGAUGAGUGGUUCUGGGUGGGCGGAGAACCGGUGCAGUACCAGGACAUUCCAAGCUGCCCGGGUGUCUGGUGUGGCGUCCUGGAGAAGAACAGCAAGUCAUUAUUUGGAAUCAGAGACUGCAAUGAGAGAAGGAACUUCUUCUGUUACUUAAAAUCUAAAAUCCUGUAGAAAAACUUGUGAAAAGAGGCUCUUCAUUCAUUAACUUAAACUGGCUGGCUGGCU